AUGUUUCCUAGUAAAUUCUCGCCAAACGCUCUCUCACAAGAGCGGGGCUCAGCCUCUACGGAUCAAAAUUUCCUAAAAACCUUACAAUGUCCAAUACCAGGCAUUAUGAAUGAUAAAGUGACAGUAUGCUCUACAUUAUGUGAAGAGAAAUCGCCACCAACCGAUUGUGGCCAUGGGGCAUGGACGUACUUGGGAGCCGCGUUCACCUUAGAAACUAUCAUAUGGAGUUUUACAUCAACGAAACACAUAUUUGCUUCGAGUGUUGCUACUUCUUGUAUGCACGUAUUCUGGUCUCAAGGAGUGGGGUAUGGUAUUGGAGGUGCGGCUCUAUAUCAUCCUGCGCUGUCAUUUCUUCCUGAAUGGUUUUCAGCCCGCCGGGGUUUGGCUAAUGGCGUGAUAUUUGCAGGUACUGGGCUAGGAGGGUUGAUUUUUCCAUUCCUUAUCAAUACGCUGCUUGGAAAAUUCGGAGUGAAAGAAACUCUACAGAUUAUCUCCUGCGUGAUGGCUGUAAUGAUGGGGAUAUGUGUGAUACUUAUAAGACCAAGGAUCCUAAAAGUAUCCAAUAGAUCAAUAUCAGUCAUCGAAGGACCUUUCGGUACGCUCAAAGGGGCAACAUGCACGUCUAAAAAUUCCCUGACAGGGUUUGCUAGGCAAAUCAGGUGGCCAUUUGCCAUAUACCUCCUAUCCAACACCAUACAAGCUAUCGGCUACUACAUUCCGAACCUAUAUCUACCGAGUGCGUCAAAUUCUUCUAGUUAUAGAUGCGGGGCAAUUAUCUCGAGGAUUGUGGUUGGCAUCCUUUCAGAUCACUAUUCCCCACAUCUUAUUGGUGCAGUAACUAGUCUGGCAGGUGGAGCCAGUACCUUACUGUUAUGGGGUGGACUUGGAAACCGUGGUUAUAUCCCCUUAUUGACUUACUCGUUUUUAUUUGGAUGUACUUCUGGGGCUUGGACUAGCCUAUUCUUUGGAGUUGUAAGAGUCUGGCUACGAAGCCCUCAUUUAACUAUGACAACCUACGGAAUCAUUUCUCUUACUCGAGGAUUGGGUAACAUCAUUGCUGGUCCUAUUUCCUCUAAACUGAUUUCAAUAACAAUACCAAGAACUGAAAUAAGGACAGGAUUUGAUGUAGAUUCAUAUUCUAAAGUGAUUUGGUUUAGUGGUUUUGGAUUGAUUGGUACAUUUAUACUAGAGUUGAUAUUAUGGAUCCUUCAAUAG